GAGUGUUGGUUGGGUGUGACCAAGGCAUCUGCCUAAGGGAGAGAACUGAGGAAGGCAAAGGCAUUUUCUCCCUCCUGGGCUUCCCUCCUCCCCUCUUUCUUCUCAUUCCCUGGGAGGGGCAGGCAAAGAGCGGCAUCCCCAGGCAAUGAGGCAGGUGGGCCAGAGCAUCGGAGAUAGUUGAGGGGUUUUCAGGCUUUCCUAGCUGAGGGUUCAGCCAGCUGACUGUAAGCAGGACAGAGGUCACUUGAACUCAGACCACACGUCCCUGUUAAAUACAUUAGCUUUUAAAUCGAUCUUUGUUCAAAGUCCAGUGAGUUCCAAGACUACCGCUCACCAGCAGAGAGAGAAUUCCCAAACGAAAGGAGACGCUCCGCUCCCUUCCGGAUCCAGGUCACUGAUUCAUUGUUCAGCUUCCUCCAGUCUUGUACUAAAUGGCCUCUGCUUUCAAACCCCGAGAAUGUAAGCUGUUCAAACAAGAAGGACAAUGUUAUGGCUUCUUCCUGCGAAUUGAGAAGGACACUGAUGGCCACCUGGUCCGGGUGGUUGAGAAGGGUAGCCCAGCAGAGAAGGGUGGCCUUCAGGAUGGAGACAGAGUUCUUAGGAUCAAUGGUGUCUUUGUGGACAAGGAAGAGCAUAUGCAGGUUGUGGAUCUGGUCAGACAGAGUGGACAUUCAGUGACUUUACUAGUUCUGGAUGGGAAUUCCUAUGAGAAAGCCAUUAAGAAACAGGUGAACUUGAAGGAGUUGGGUCAAAGUCUGAAGACGACGGAUUUGAGUGAUAAGGAACUGCCCCCAGUGAUGAAUGGUGGAGCAGAGACUUGGAGCCAGCCUCGGCUGUGCUACCUGGUGAAGGAGGGGAACAGCUAUGGCUUCUCUCUGAAAACUGUCCGUGGGAAAAAAGGAGUAUACAUGACUGAUAUAAUACCUCAAGGCGUAGCUAUGAAAGCUGGUAUCCUUGCUGAUGAUCACGUGAUUGAAGUGAAUGGUGAGAAUGUAGAAAAUGCCAGCCAUGAGGAAGUGGUUGAAAAGGUGAAGAAGUCAGGAAGCCAUGUCAUGUUCCUGCUGGUGGAUAAGGACACUGAUAGGCACCACAGUGAGCAGAAGAUAAAAUUCAAUAGAGAAACAGCCAGUUUGAAACUGCUACCCCACAAGCCCCGGGUUGUAGAGAUGAAGAAGGGAAGCAAUGGCUAUGGGUUUUACCUAAGGGCAGGCCCAGAAAAGAAAGGUCAAAUCAUUAAGGACAUAGAUCCUGGAAGUCCAGCAGAGGAGGCUGGCCUGAAGAGCAAUGACCUGGUGGUUGCUGUCAAUGGCAAGUCUGUGGAAGCCCUUGAUCAUGACAGUGUGGUGAAAAUCAUUAGGGAAAGUGGAGAUCAGACCUCACUGUUGGUGGUAGACAAAGAGACGGACAACCUGUAUAGAUUGGCUCAUUUUUCUCCGUUUCUCUACUAUCAAAGUCAAGAACUGCCCAAUGGUUCUAUCAAGGAGGCUCCAGCUCCUACUUCUGCUUCUCUGGAGGUCUCAAGUCCAGAUACUACAGAGGAAGUAGGAGAUCGGAAACCUAAACUCUGCAGGCUGGUUAAAGGUGAAAAUGGCUAUGGCUUUCGCUUAAAUGCAAUUCAGGAUCUGCCAGGCUCAUUCGUCAAGGAGGUGCAGAAGGGUAGCCCUGCCGAUCUGGCUGGGCUAGAAGAUGAGGACAUCAUCAUUGAAGUGAAUGGGGUAAAUGUGCUGGAUGAACCAUAUGAGAAGGUGGUGGACAGAAUACAGAGCAGUGGGAAGAAUGUUAUAUUCUUGGUCUGUGGAAAGAAGGCCUUUGAUUAUUUCCAGGCUAAGAAAAUCCCUAUUGUUUCCUCCAUGGCUGAUCCAUUGGAUGACCCCCUGGAAUCCAAAGAAGGAGCACUGGCAGAGUUAGAGCCCGACUCAUGUACUACAAAAGAACGAGCCCACAGUACAGCCUCUUUUUCUUCUUCCAAUUCUGAAGAUACAGAGAUGUGAUGAGAACAAAUAAUGGCUUUGGCUAGUAGCUGUUUCUGGGUAUUUACUAGGAAUCCUUUCUCAAGGAAUGAGCUGUCAUCCAUUUACUGUCUCCGCUAAAGAGCUACUCUGGAAACCAGUUCAUCAUUUGUGAUUGUCCUCCACUGUUAUUUGUCUUAGGGGCAGCCAGAGCAGAUGGCUUAUUUAUGGUCCACUUAGAAAAAGCUAAGACAGGAGCCAGCAUCUUUUUCAUAUGAUCUCUUUUAAGCUUCAAUUUAACUACAUUUCCUUGUAUGGUUGUAACUCUUACUGCUAUAGGCUCCAUGAACACCAAAGAUGAUUUAUUAAUCUGUAUAUGUGAGAGCUGCUAAUUAAAGUAUCUCAGCAGAUAACACUUAAAAUUAUGCUUUUGUAAGAAUGUUGUGGUUGCUAGAAUAAAUAACAUUAAAAAUGCCUUUUGAGUUGCUUGAAACGUCCCUGUUAACUGAUAUGUCCUUAAUAGUGUUUUUGUUUUUGGUAAACUUUUUAUGAUUUAAACUUCAUUUGUUUUAAUGUCUCUAGAAACCCCAAACACAGUGUAGAAAAAAAACCUUAGUAAAAACACUGACAUCCAGAUAAUAAAAUUCAGGAUUUUCCUAAGUUGUAUUUUUGAGUAUACUACAAAUUUUCCAACGUCUUCCUUUUACAGAUGAAGAAAUUGAGACCCCAGAUAGGAAAAGUGACUUAUUCCAGUUAACAGUUAUUCACUCUUUAACCCACAGCAUGGGGGGAAACCGAAAGAAAAAAAGAGGCAUAAUUACUAAAUUGCAGGUAGGAUAGUCACCCUUAAGUAAUUCUAAGUUAAAAGGAAAUCAAGAAAAAUAACAUGCUUGUAAGUCUCUCUUUUGGUAGAAUGUAUUUCAUUUGUAUACCACCCCUCCCCUAGAAAAUAAAAGCUAACCUCUUGAUUAUUUUAAUGGGGCAGGGAAUGGGGAGAGCAAGGGCAGGAUGCCGACUCAAGUUAGAGCAUAUAAGUGUAACAUAUACUGUAAUAUACUUGAUAAAAUGAACCUAAGGAUCUUAAAAGGACUUUGUGUUCCAAUCUCUGAUUUUAACAAUGUAAAGGGAAACCCAUGACCUUCUCCAUUUGAAUCUUGAACCCUGACUUAAAGCCUGUGGUUGGCCCUGCUACCUUAGACUUCUCCUACCCAGAGUUCCAGUGUAUGCUUUUCCCCCUAGUUUCUUGGCUCCUUUUUCAUCCCAUACUACACCAGCCUCAAAUGAACACAGAAUGCCCUCUGCUGAGCGCUGGUUCAAGUUACUUCUCUCAUGUUCUCGUGAUCACAGUAUCAUUUGAGGAGGAAGGUGUAUGCUGGAGGCAGAAUAUGCUACCACAGCAUUUUUAUGUUUGUUUCAAAAAAUAUUAGGUCCUAGUCCCCACCAUUUUUCUCCUCUUAAUCCAAAUUCUGACACUACUAGCCUUUAGCACUCAGUAACAGGCAUGAUUUCAAGGUGCCAUGUGUUUCUCUGGUGCCUGUUUAUGAGCCAAAUAGAGGAAUAGUAUGCUUGAAAGAGCGCUGACCAGGAAGAUCACAUCAAACCAACGGUGAUAAAAGUUGAACUGGAGUUCUCCGAGGACUUCAGUGAUGAUGGUGCGGUAUUCAAGAGGCAUACUCAUGCGGAUUAGCAGUACAGAAGAGACGAAGUACAUGCCCUGUAAGUCAAAUAAGUUAACCCAGAAGUUACUCUGAAUGUAAUGAGAGACAGGUCAAAGGAAAUUGUUAAAAUAUUUAAAAGUAUAAAAGAUAUUUCUGGUAUUUUACAGCUGUAAACAUAAAGCCAGUUCAGGAAACUCACCAUUAUCUGUGCUAAUAGCAGGACAAUGACAUUGGAGGACUUACUGCUGGAGAUGGCAUAAAAGAACUGUCAAAGGGAAGAGAGAUGAAUUUAUGCAAUACUGCUAGAUUCCUGUGUCAUGAUAAAUAAGUCACGUGGUUAACAUUUAAUUGAAAAUGUCUCCUCUGUGUCACAAUCCUGUACAGAACAAUUAUAUAAUAGGGCUACAAAGAGCCCUAAAUGGGCUACCUAAAAAGAAUCCAAUUAUAGUUUCCCCAUUGAAUUAGUUGGUGAUUUUAAGUACUGUGUGAUAAUAUAUGAAAGAGAUUCCUAUUGCUAUCAAACUUUUAGAAACUAUGUGAUGCAUAUGACUUUAACAUCACUCUUAAACAUUAAAACAGAUGACUCCAGGUCAUUCCAAGCCAUUUGUCACUGGGCUCCUGACUUCUUUCCAGAAUUGUGCUAAAUGCCUGGAAUCCCUUCCCCUCUCAACCACUUCUCUCCUUUCAUUAAAACAGUUCUUGGAUCUUGAAAACCUUACCUCUUCUAUCAGCAAGUCCUCACCUUCUGCCUCCAUGAAACCUUCCUAUGUUGAUCAGAAAUCAGCUGAAUAUUCUGUUUCCCCUACUUCCAUAUCUUCUCUACAACUAACACUGUUAUUCUUCUAACCUCAAAUAUCUAUCACAUUUACUCAUUUGAAAGAUCUGCUGAGUACCUACCAUGGGACAAGUCCUGUUCUGGAUGAUGGUGACCUAUCAGUGAACAAAUGAGACUUGAUCUCAUUCUAUUACCUUCAUGCUCUAGUCACAUCUAUUACCUAAUUCAUAUACCUGGUAAAUAUUUAUUAUCAAUGAUUUGUAUAUGAUAGAAAUAACAUCAUCAUUUUAUGUUUGGUUUAACUUGCUUUUAUUCUGUUGUAUAUCUUUUAAGUAAUUGUGAUUGUGUUGUCUAAGAUCUCAGAAGGCAGAAAUAUUAGGUAAAAUUAUCGUAUGGUGCCAUAUGUAAUUAAACAAAUGAUAAACACUUUUUGACGUACUGAUACAAUGUACCUUGGUAAGAGUGAUCAGCAAUCCUCUGAUGGAUGUGACGAUGAUUAUUCCAACCAGGAUGAAGGAAAUGUGUUGGGACCAGAACUUCACCUGCACCAUAAGAAGAAAAAAUAAAUCUU